CUCCUUGCUGGUAGGCCGAGAUACGCCGCUUCCCGUUACUCAAUCAACUUACUUCUUUUCAAACUACGUCUUCUGUAACCUCUGGUUGGCCCUACUCUUGAAACAGCUUUCAGCUGGAGCCUCCUCUCACGCCAGGGAUACGGACUAGUGAUCUUCCGCCUAUAAGGUACAUCCAUGUAAUACCGGCCGAGCCUCAGCUUCAGAUAUAAAAGCCAGAACCUCCUAAUACGACGAUAUGGGGGAGUUUAUAAGUACAGAAGUGAAAGAACCAUACACGAUUCGAGAAGAGCCUCUCGGAACCACCAAACAUGUUAGGAUCGUAGGCAUCGGUGCAGGAGCGAGUGGUAUUAAUAUGAUACGGACCCUCCGAAGGAAUUUGACCAAUUACGAACAUGUCAUCUAUGAGAAGAACGAAAAGGUUGGAGGAACUUGGUUCGAAAAUCGCUACCCCGGGUGUAGAUGCGAUGUACCAAGCCAUAAUUAUCAGUUCUCCUGGCGUCCAAAUCAUGAGUGGUCGAACUUCUUCGCACCCGCGGCGGAGAUCGAACAAUAUUUGACUCGUAUAGUCGAAGAAGAGCACAUGGCAGACACUAUCAAAACCCGACAUAAGGUCGUUGGCGCAUGGUGGGAUGAAGCUCGUGGGAUUUGGGAUCUCAGUGUCCAGAACUUAGAGACCGGAGAGGAGUUCAGGGACCAGGCUAACUUCGUCGUCGACGCCUCAGGCAUUCUGAACAACUGGAAAUGGCCGGAUAUCCCAAACAUAAAGAGCUUCCGGGGAGAGUUGGUGCAUACGGCGAGCUGGCCCAAGGACUUCGACUAUAACAACAAAAAUGUUGCCAUAAUCGGAAAUGGUUCGUCCGGUAUUCAGUUAUUACCUACAAUCCAACCAGAUGUCAAGAAGCUUUACCACUUUGUCCGGACCCCAACCUGGGUCAUUCCUCCACGAAUAGUGUCAAUGAUGACAAUGGGCGGCCCCGCGAAAGAUAUCCUUGGCCAGAUAGAGCUCGACGAAAAGGAGAAUUUCACUCAGCGGCAGAUCGAGAAGUUCAAGGCGGAUCCUGCGUUUUACCGCAAGUUCGUCAAGACGAUCGAGCAGGACAGCAACGGGAACUUCGCCCUGAUCCAAAAUAACAGCCCUGUGCAAGCCUUCGCAACGAGCAAAGUAAUCCAAUACAUGACGGCGACCCUCGGCGGCGACGAGAAGCUGUGCAAAGCCCUAAUCCCCCAAUUCCCCUUAGGAUGUCGUAGGAUAACGCCGGCCCCGGGCUAUCUAGAAGCUCUGAGAUCCUCAAAUACGGAAGUGAUAACGGAAGGAAUCGCUGAGAUCGUACCUGAGGGCAUCCGACUCGAGUCGGGCCAGAUCAUCCAACUAGACGCCAUCAUCUGCGCCACCGGCUUCGACAACUCGUUCGCCCCGCGCUUCCCCAUCGUCGGCCGGCAUGGCAACGUCCAGGACGCGUUCAAAAAUGACACGCCUAAGGGAUACAUGUCGUGCGCGCUCGCCGGCGUGCCGAAUUACUUCAGUGAGUUCUCCCCUCCCCCCUUCCCUUUCCUCCCAAACACCCAAACUCUUAAACCCCCUCAGCGAAUUCUCCAUACUAACAAGCGACCCCUAGCCUUCCUCGGCCCGAACGGGCCCAUAGGCCACGGCAGCGUCUUCACGCUCAGCGAGCACAUAGCGCGGUACAUAACGCGCAUAAUCCUCAAAUGCCAAACCGAGCAAAUCCGCUCGGUCGCUCCCACAUCCGCCGCCGUAUCCGAGUACGCGGCGCACGUCGCAGCUCUAAUGCCGCGCGUGGCCUGGUCCGGCCCUUGCAAGUCGUGGUUCAAGAAAAACGGCAACGACGGCGCCGAGGACGCGCCCGUCACCGCGCUGCACCCGGGCAGCCGCGUCCACUUCUUCCACAUGCUCGAGCGCUUCCGCGGCGAGGACUGGGAGUACGUGUAUGACGGCCCCGCGGGGAAUCGGUUCUGGUAUCUGGGGAACGGGUUCUCGACGAGGGAGCUGGGUGGGGAGGAGGGGGAUCAGACUUGGUAUUUGGAAGAGGAGGCUGAUCGGCUGUAGGUGUGGAUGGGGAUGUAUUUAUGAGAGAAGAAGGUGAGGUCACCUGCGUGGUUCGCAGUGGUGUUUGUGGUGGGUUUAUGGGGGGGUUGAUAUAUAGACACUUUUAUAUCGUAUAUACCAUUCUUCACCCAUGAAAGCAUGUAGAAUCGUUUGGAUGGGACAUACGGACUAUCCCGAAUUUCUCAGGUUACACUUGUCUUCGGUGAGUCUUAAUGAGAUUCACUGCUUAUGCAGUGUCAUAUUGUGGGAAAAGCCACUUAGGCUACGGAUGCGGAUACGGUGUAGGGUGGGGGCGGCCGAAGACAGUUGAUAUCUUGUUGUAGAUGUAUUGAUUCUGUUGAACUGAACUCUUACAAUCAACACUCUGAUGC